UCAGCCUGCUCGUCAGCUGCGCCGCUGCGCUCGGAGUUGCGUUGUUGCGUAUAUAACUGUGAACACGCCCCAUCCAUUGCUCUGUACUCCAUUUCAAUCUGUUUCAUUUUACUUCGAUUGAUUAUAAACCCUUAUUUUGAGGAUCUCGCAAGGUUCUUAUUCUCAGUUUGGACCUGUUAUAAAUUUUGUAUAGUCCCAAGUGUAAUAUAAUGCUAAUCUUUUAAAUCAGUGGUUGCUGAAGGAGAUUUUAAUAACUAGCCGGUGUAUUUUCCAAGCUAAAUAAUGAAUGACAAUGGUUGCAUACAUCUAAAUAAUUUUAAGGCCGCAAAGGGUACGAACCCUUAUAAAAUUGUGCAUGCAUUUUUCGUGUCAUGCACAUCAUUCGAGGCAAGAAGAUACAAGGCAACAUCAUGCCUGUGCUUCACCUGUGGCAAGCCAGGUCCUCGCAUGCACUCCUGCCUGCAUUGCAUUUACUUUGCCUGCUAUGCGGGCCACAUUCAAGAACAUUCUAAAUCCAAGAAGCAUUUCCUGUAUGUUGACCUGAGCUACGGAAACAUCUAUUGUGCUCAGUGCCAAGAUUACAUCUAUGACCGGGAGUUGAAUGAGAUUAGCAUAUCUCAUAAACUCAAAGAAGCUAAAUCUCUCGGUAUCAGCAUGCCAUUCAUGCCUUGGCUGCCGAACAGCAACGAAGCCAUGGCGCUCCGACGCCUUCGCAAGCGGCGCCUUAUCAGCCCUCACACCACCAUCGGACUGCGUGGACUGCAGAAUUUGGGUUCCACAUGCUUCAUGAAUUGCAUUGUCCAGACAUUGAUUCACACGCCGCUGCUGCGUGAUUACUUUCUGGCUGAGAAGCACAAAUGCAAAGCCCAAGGAUCUGGAAAAUGCCUUGUUUGUGAGGUUUCAAAACUUUUUCAGGAGUUCUACUCCGGUGCAAAAACCCCUCUUACUCUGCACCGCCUGUUGCACCUGAUAUGGACUCACGCUCGUCACCUAGCGGGAUAUGAGCAGCAAGAUGCUCAUGAAUUUUUCAUCGCUACUCUCGAUGUUCUGCAUAGACAUUGCAUGAACGGCGUAGACGAAAACGGAGAGAAGAAGGAGAACGGUCGCUGCAACUGUAUCAUCGACCAGAUAUUCACGGGCGGUCUGCAGAGCGACGUCGUAUGUACUUCAUGCCAUGGAGUGUCCACUACCAUUGACCCGUUCUGGGACAUCAGCCUGGACGUGGCCGGACCCGGUUCGCUCGCGGCUUGCCUGGAGCGCUUCACCCGCGCUGAACAUCUCGGAUCUGCCGCCAAAAUCAAAUGCUCGACCUGCCGCUGCUACCGCGAGUCCACAAAGCAGCUGACGCUUGAAACGCUGCCAAUCGUCGCCAGCUUCCACCUGAAGCGCUUUGAGCAUUCUUCACAAAUUGAUAGGAAGAUCAAUGCGUUCGUAUCGUUCCCGGCCGAGCUGGACAUGACUCCUUUCAUGUCGUCCCACCGUCGCGCCGUGGAUGUUGGCGCCGACAACAACAACGCUCCCGAGGGCGUGUUCGAAGACAACCGCUACUCGCUAUUCGCAGUGGUGAACCACGUGGGCUCGCUGGACGCUGGACACUACACCGCGUAUGUGCGCCAGAUGAAAGGAGGCUGGUUCAAGUGCGACGACCACAUGAUCACACGCGCUUCUCUGCGUGAGGUUCUCGAUAGCGAAGGGUACCUGCUCUUCUACCACAAGACUGUUCUGGAGUAUGACUGUGACGCGGCCUAAGGCGGUCAAGUUAAAAUUAUACAAAAUAUUUAGUCAUUACAUUGUAUUGGAUGCUGUAACGCAUCGUAUCUAUUAGAUGUUUCUAUAUGUAAACAACAAAAUAUUGAUUUUGUUCAAAAACAAAAAAGUCAUCUCCCCUCGUGAUAUUAGUAGUAGAUGUUUCAAAGAUGUCUCAAUGAUCAUCAUGUCGAUGUUUUCUUCGGAAUCAUUCACGAAUUUGUUAGUUUUAAGCUUUAAUGUAAUAUCAAUAUACAAUUACUGUGAGUAGUAAAACAACCAGAAAAAAAACACGGAAGAAUUGCAUUGAGAGAUUUCUGGACUUUAAAUAAUGAUUGCUUUAUUGAGCUGCCAUUCAAUACGUAAUCUCAGCAGCAGAUACUGUUUCUCCUGUAAUACAAAUUCAUAAUUAUUUGACACUAUAAUAUAUGACAUGUUAUUUGAUGUUAGUAUGAUGCACUUGAAAUCAUAUUUACGCUUUUAAAACGUGCAUAUUUUACUUUAAAGGAUCUAAUCAAAUUGUAUUAUAAUUAAUAUGACUAUGAAGUGUAACUACAGACGCUGUGUGCGUAUCAUUCCUAGUAAAAGAUUAUUUUGUGUUUGUGUAUGUAUGAAAUCGUUUUAUUAUUAUUUUGAUCGUUUACGGAACAAACAUUUCGAUCUACCUCGCUGUUAUCACUUUAUUUGCAUUUCACUUCCUUAUUUAGAAAUGUUUGGUAAUCUGAUGUGUAGAUGUAUUUUAUUUUGUGCUAAAAACACAUGAGCGCAUUUCAAACAAAUUUCAUUUCGAUAUUAAAAGUAAUUUGAUUAUCGUUAAGACAUCGGAGUUUUGUAACCUAUUUCGCUAUAUAUUACUGUUCGCAUAAAUUACAGUGAAUGUUAUUGUUAAAAGCUUUCAUGUUUGACUAUUUUCAGCACAUGGGUCAUGCUGCAACAUGUGCGCGGAGUGUUUUAUUUUUGUUCUUUUUUCGCUCAUGUGUAUUUAGCUCGAUGGAUUUAAGUAGUUCGUAACUUAUGACUGAACCGACAUUAGCUUAAUGUGAUAUUUAAUAUUUAUGACUUGUAUUAAAUGUAGUUAGUUGUAUGGAUUUAUAUUUCUGAAUGUAGGAAUAAUUUUGUUUGAUUUAACAUAAUGCUUGGACGUACUAGCAAAUGACGAAACACGUUUGAUAUGCGCCCCCUACAUGUAGUUACUCUACGCUUAUACACAAACUUUAAUACUUAUUAAGAUAGACUACAUUCCCUUAUUUUUAUAUCCCAAAAUCCCUUAUUUUUAUACCCCGUAAUUUGGGAUUUUUUUAUAGUUCCUUCUUAUAGUUAGGAUAUGAUUUAGAAAUUGUAUUAUCCGCCUGUUUUUCACCAUUUGCUAGUAUUAUGAAACAGUUUUGUUUGCAUUUAAUUUUGACUUAAUUAUUUAGGUCCGAGCCUAAUCAAGUGUCGGACGUAUUUAGUCUAUGACUAUUAUGAUGAUGAUAUGACAAGUUCAUUGUUAACACUGUUUAUUUGACUUUAUAACAUUAGCAGAAAAGGUUAGAUUUAGGCAAUAUUAAUUCAAAGCAAUUACAGGUAUGCUUAAAUCAAAAUUAUGUCAAUCUAUACAAUUUUAUUAUAAAUGUUGUGAUCUUGGGAUUUCUUAUCUUGACUAUAUUAUUAUUUCCUGAGGAUUAAUAUUCGAAUAUUAAAAUUUAAUAAACACUAUAAAAAAUAAUGUACUACUGUUAUAUUUAAUCGGUGUUGAAAUAUAUUAACAAAUAAGUUGAUGUUAUAAUGUACUCAAUAAGCAAAUGUUUAAAUCCCGUAAAGACCCCGAGUCUCCAUAUUAUGUAGGUUUGGUGUCUAAUUAUUAUUCAAGUAAUUAAUCUACCGUAAAUUAUACUUCCUGUCGUACACAUAAUGUAUGAAAUAUAAUUUUAUUAAAUGUGAAAUAAAAAAA